AUGAAUGAACCUGUCAAAAAGGAUGGGACAUGCCCUAACAGACCAUUAGAAUGUGAAUUUAGUGAAGCAGAUUGUCAGUUUACUGGCAAUAGUAAUGAAUUGAAAGUUCAUUUGCAAAAUGAGGUUGUAUGUCAUCUUAGUCUUUUGACAAGACACCAGUCCGAUACCAAGUUGUUACUUGCAACAACCAAGUCAUUACUUUCAUCCACAAGAGCUUGUCUUGCUAAAAGAGAAUGUGAACUCGAGAAUUUAAAAUUAGCUAUUACCAAGAAGGGUAGAAUGUCUGUUUCUCAGAGUCAAAUUUGUGUGUUUGAGUGGAAUGUAACCAGUUGGUCAUACUGGAUGACGAAUGCACAAUCAGAUCUACCAGAGUACCAGUCAAUCCGAUCAAAGUCAUUCUACACAGGACCACAAGGAUAUCAUUUGUAUCUUAAACUUUAUCCACUUGGAUACGGUUUCUAUGAAGGAUCUCAUGUCUCUGUGGAUGUAUGUGUACGUAAAGGAGAUUAUGAUGAUCAGCUUCCUAAGAAACAGCACAGCAAGUUUUCAUUCACAUUAAUAGACCAACAGUCUGAUGCAAUAAAUGUGGUUGUAAGACGAGAAAAAACGGUUGAACUUAUUCCUGGUAAAUAUUUUGAUGCAACCGAUGACUUUAUAACUCAAGAAACACUGAAUUCACGAUCCUACAUUCAAAAUAAUGAAAUAUUUAUUCAGUUUUGUCUUCAACUCAAUGUGCUGUAA